AUGGUUGGUUAUAAUAUUCUUCAUCUAAGGAAGCCUCUGAUAAAAGAUCCUAAAUUCUUGACCGGCUUUCAUGACCAAAUUUGUGCUUUUGAUUAUCAAGAAAAAAAUUCUGAUGAAAAAGAUUGCAGUUUCUUGAAUCAUGCAUUGGACGACGACGACGACGAUGAGGAGGACGAGGAUAUCGUUGACGAUGAAGUUGUUACAAACGAACCUCAAGACGUAGCUGAACGAACAAUUUACUGGGAAUCACAAGAAUCCCUGCUUCAGGAAAUAUUGGAGCGCUACAGUUCAAGUGGUGUAAAGUUCAGAAAAGAAAUUAACAGACAUGUCGAAAUGGCAACAGACUCUAAUUUUUGUGAUUGCCCCAAUCCUAAACUCACUGGCUGCUCCAACUGCUUACGUCGAAGAUUAGUCAAUCAACUAUGCAACAAAGGGUUCAAUGCAAAACUAUGUACAUCAAAAUGGAGUAGAACGCCCAAAAUACCAGGAGGGAUGCAUGAAUACAUUGAAGUGAUUGCAAGCACAGAAGGGAGAAAGAAGCAGAUUCCAUUACUGAUAGAAAUAGGAUUCCAGGAUGAAUUUAUGAUGGCAAAAGCAUGCGAUGAGUAUUGUGCAUUGAUAAAUCAACUGCCAAAGAUAUAUAUAGGAAAACCCGAACAUUUGAAUGCUAUAGUUCAUGUAGUUUGUGAUGCAGCCAAGAGAUCGACUACAGAGAAAAAAGUUCAUAUGGGUCCCUGGAGAAAGAGGAGCUUCAUGCAAAUGAAAUGGUCAGCUUCUAAUGAAAAAUCAAAGCAAAGAGAGAUGAAUACUGGAAAAUCACUAGAAACAUCUUUGGAAGUUGCAGUAUACUAG